AUGAGAAAUUAGAAAACUGUCGAAAAAAUUUCCAAUCAUAAUAAUUAAUUACUGAUAGUCAGAAUGGUAGCGAAACUGCUUAUAAAAAUCAAUAAAACCAUGUACUUUGACAUUCAAUUCUAAAAGUGCAAGAAUUAUACACAGAAAAUGUGUAAUUAAUUAUUUUUCAUCAUGCAUAUGAUUUUAUUCGGUCUGACGCCAUUUUAGAUUGUGGAGCCAUGCUUGGUUUUGGCGCGUAAUUCAAUUUCAUUACUUUGUGCCACCUCCUCGCGUUAUGCUAUCCUGGUACCAGGAGCAGCAUAGGUGGCGUUAUGUCUCUGUUUCAUUGACCCGCGAAAUUUAAGGGCGAAAAUUUUGAAUCGUUCAACAAAAUGCGCUGAGUCUAUUAUAAUACGAUAUGUAGAACAAUUUUUACUUCUAUAAUUAAUAAAUACUGUGUAGGUUAUAUUGACAUGUAAUUGAAAAGAUAUUCAUCAAAGUUGACCUUAUAAUCAACUGUAUGUGGCGGUCAUGCAACAGUUGCUAGGUAACAGUUAAAGCUACACAAAGCGUUCAAGAUUAGACAGAAACGUGCAUUGUGGCAGGUUUUGCUUAUAAAUGACAAUGGCAGAAGACGUGAAGCCUGAAGUGAUCAAAAAGACGCAAGAUUUGCUUGGGAAGUAUUUUAAAAGACCACCGCUCACAGAGAAACUUCUGAAGAAACCACCGUUUCGAUUUCUUCAUGAUAUUGUUUCAGCAGUCAUCAAUGAAACGGGAUUUUUGGAUGGUUUAUUCACAGAAGAGGAACUAAACUCUGAGAACAUCAAAAACAAAGAGGCAAAAGUUGCUUAUUUAACAAAAUUGAUCGAGGUUGUCAAGCUAGCUACAGGUAUUAAUUUAACUGUAAGAGCUAGUAAAAUAGUCUCUGGUCAAGAACCAACUAAAACAAAUGAGUUACUACAAGCAAUCGGAAAAGCUUUGGAUAAAAAGAUAAGUAGCAAGGAAGCUAUUGAACAAUAUAAGACAAAUUUAGUGAAAGGUAAAUCUAAGAGUAAGUCAUCUGGUGGGAAAGAAGAAAAGAAAUCAUCAAAAGAGAGCUCUCAAAAAAAAAUUCCAACAGAUAAGGAAAAAUCUUCAGAGCAGAGAAAAAGAGUUCCCAGUGCAAGUAAUGCUGUAAAUGAAACAGAAAAGCAUACAAAUGAAAACCAUGAAUCUCAAAAAAAUGCUGAAAUUAAAGAGGUUCCACGGGUUGAGCCAGCCCAGAAUAAAAUUCCUUCAUCUGCACAGAGAAGAAAGCCCUCGUCUGCUAGAUCUAAACAGAAAAUAUCUGCUGUAUCUUCACCCGAAGCAGUAACUCCUCAAACAAGUUCAGAUAAAAAAAUAGAUGAAAAUAAAAAAUUGAAAGAGUCUGAAAACAAAUCAAACCAGAUAAUACAUGAUGAAAACAAUAAAUCUCAGGAACAAAUAGUAAAUACAAUAGACACUGUACAUUCAGAAUCUAAAUUUACAAAUAACAUAGAGAACAAUAAAGCAGAUGAAAAUAUAAAACCAGUAGAAUUCAAUACAAAUGAAAUAAGAAGUAAUGAAACUCCUUUUCAAAAUGGUAUAAAAUCUGAACUAGGGGCACCAGAGGUUCAAAAAUCUCAAUUAGAAAACAUUGAUGUUAGUAUUUCAGAAGCAGCCUCUAGGCCAAGAACUUCUUUACGUCCACCUAGCUCAAGACCAAUUAGUGCUAGACCUGCAGCACCCAGAAUAAGAGGGAAAGCAGAGUUAACUGUUAAUGAAGAAAUAUCAACACCAAUGGGAAAUAUUAGCGUUAUUAUAGAAAAUGCUGAUACCAGAGACGAUGACGAUGCUGAAGAUAUGGUAGUAAUGGAAACAAAAGGAGGUAGUGGCGAUUCCUUAGAAAAUAGUAAUAUCUAUAAAGCUAAUGAUCAAUUAACACAAGAACAUGGACAUCUUGUUGCUCAAAUAUUAGAAACGCAAAAAGAAUUAGUUAAUAAUGAAAAUGUAGAUGUGAUACCAAAAAAGACAAAUAUUGCAUGGGACACAAGUUCAAAGCGCGACAUAGUUACAAAAGAAAUUGAUAAACUUCGUAAUACAAUACAAUCCUUAACAAGAGCAACAAAUCCACUUGGAAAAUUAUUAGAUUAUUUUCAGGAAGAUGUGGAGAUUAUGCAAAAAGAAUUGUUGGAGUGGAGAAAUCAGUAUCAACAAGUAAAUGAACAGUUAAAAGUAGAAAAAAUAAAAACACAAGAGCUGAUAGACCCUAUGAAGGAAACGUUGAAAGAAAUUGACCAUAAUAUGAAAGCACAACUUGACAAAAUAUGUCAGGCUAAGUUACAAAUUAUGAAAAACGAUCAACGAAUACAAACCUUACUAAAUGGUCAUGUCUAACAUACUUGCAUAUUGUACAUAACAAAAUAAUAAAAUGUAACAUAAUAUAUAUAAUUUUUUCCUGUUUAUUCGGGUGUAUGUAAAUAAAA